AUGGAAUCAAGUCAAGUAUUCAAUAUGAAUUCAUUCAUGUAUACCCAAGAUAUGAUGAGCCAUUCCACUCUUUUGUCUUCUUCGAAUGCUUGCUCUUCAUUAUUCAAUCAAACCGUCUCUCCAAAGGAAUAUCAAAAGAGAAAGAUUAACCAUCAGCAAAAGAAGUCAAUGCCUUCUUCCUCCCCCUCGCUAUCCUCACAAAAGCCAAGAAAAGUAGCAAAGUCCAAAAAGAUCAUCUUGGGUAAGCCAUGCAAUGGUAAGCACAAGAUGAAUCUUCAAGAGCUCAAGGCAUUGAGUCGACAAAUCAGACCUUAUUCAGCUGCUGCUGCCACAUUUACUUGUACCACUACCACUACUACUCCUGCUACUAGUGCUCCCUUAUCACGACUGAACACCCACAUCCGCAGUGAAAAAGAUAGAGAGGAGGAGAGCGCAAAGGACAUUGCACUACUGGGUAGAAGUCUUAGAGAGAGACUCUUCAAAGCAAAGUCGAAAAUGAUGGAUAAUCUUAAAAAUUCAGAGGAGCCAGAGGAUAUCUUAAUCUACAAUAACCUUAUCAAGUCUACUCUUCCUUCGCUUGUGGAAAACAGUAAUAACAGCAACGCAAACAGUGAUGAUGAUGAGGAUGACUGUAGUAGUGUUAGUACCUUGUCCUCCAUCCAACUGCGAUUAGUGACUGAUGCAUCUGGCCGUGUUUCCGUUGUUUCCGAUGAUUUCUCAUCUACUACCUCUUCCCUGUACGAUGAAGGUUACAAUAAUGAUAAUUACCACCUCUUUGGACAUGGUAGUACCUGUACUUCAAUCGCGCCUUUAUAUACCCUCUCCUCCAUGAUGGAUAUGGACAUGUAUCUCCAACAACCUUCUUGGUAUCAAAGCUGCCUCUCUGACAUAAACAAUGAUGUGACCGAGGACCAAAUCAACUCUUGGUUACAACGUGGUGGUCAUGAUGAUAGCAUCAACAGCCCAAUCACAAUGGCAACAGAUCAAGAGCUUGCAGAUUUGUUAGAGUUCGACGCUAUGUAA